GCGCUAAUACACCGGGUAGUUUAGUCAUGCAGAAGAAUCAUACCCGGAAGUACGGUGAUGCAGUAACGCAGACAGUCGGCUUAUUUACCUUUCUUCAAAACAGUCUAGCUAGCUAGUUACUGUUAAAAUGGCAACAUAUAGGAUUUCUGCAUGUAUUUGCCUUCGUUAAGAUGGCUGGUUUCAAAUCGUUUCACGACCAGUAAAUUGUUCAACUGACGUGAGUGACCUCCAGCUGAUGUGAACGCAAAAGAACAACAAUCAGUAACAUGUCGGCAGAAUUCACUCUUCCCGGUUCUGACCGACCAAUAAUGGAUGAGGAUGAUGUUAACAACCAGCCCAGCCCGUCCCCAUCCCACAGCCCCCCUGCAUCAGGAGAAGCUGAUCAAGAGGACCAAACAGAACCAACCAAAACCUUUUCUCACGGUUGUCUGGACUGUGGGAAAGAGUUUUCCCGCCCAUGUGACCUGGUGAGACACCAGAGAGUACACACAGGGGAGAAGCCCUACCCCUGUCCUGACUGUGGCAAGAGGUUCGCCCACUCAGGAGGCCUCCGAGAACACGAGAGGAUACACUCCGGAGAGAAGCCUCACACCUGCACUGUGUGUGGGAAGAGCUUCACCCAGAAGGGAAGUCUUAGAGUUCACCUACGGACACACACGGGGGAGAGACCUUAUUCUUGCGCCGUCUGUGGCAAGAGUUACACCCAAAAUGAAUUUUUGAAAGUGCACCAGCGAACACACACGGGAGAGAGGCCCUACUCCUGUUCUGUGUGUGGCAAGGGCUUUGCUCAGAUAGGAAACCUGAAGAAACACCAGAGGAUUCACACCGGGGAGAAGCCUUACCAGUGCCUGGAGUGUGGCGCCAGUUUCACCCAGAAGGACAGCCUGAAGAUGCAUCAGAGGUCUCACACGGGAGAGAAACCCUGCGUCUGCCCCGAGUGCGGGAAGGGUUUCCGCGACAACGGGCACCUGAAAGUCCACUUGAGAGUGCAUACAGGGGAGAAGCCGUACUCCUGCCCCGACUGUGGGAGACGGUUCAGCCAGGCAGACGUCCUGAAGCGACACCAGAUGGUGCACACAGGGGAGAAGCCGUACUUCUGCGCCCUGUGUGGGAGGAGGUUCGCCCAGCCUGCCACUCUGAAGUACCACCUCCGGACUCACGCAAGAGAGAACCAGACAGGAGGGCCUCAAUGCUGCCCAGUGUGUGGACAGGACCUCCCUACAGAGCAGGCUCUGAGAAAACACCUACAGGCACACAUGGGGGAGGAGCUCGGUCAGAACGGGGGACAGGAAGACGGGGAGGAGGAAGUUGGUGGUCUGAUCAAUUCUGAUGGAGAGGACGUUGGCUGGGACCCUUCUCAUCUUAGAGAGAGUCCAGUCCGUGGCUCCGGUAGUGAAGAAAGUCCUCCUACAUCAGACAUCAACAAGAAUCCGGGUGACCAAUCCGGAUUCGGAUCGUCACCUGACGACAGAAAGGCCUUCAGUCAGACACUGGGUCCUGACGACAGAGAGGCCUUCAGUCAGACACUGGGUCCUGGCGACAGAGAGGCCUUCAGUCAGACACUGGGUCCUGACGACAGAGAAGCCUUCAGUCAGACACUGGGUCCUGACGACAGAGAGGCCUUCAGUCAGACACUGGGUCCUGACGACAGAGGGGCCUUCAGUCAGACACUGGGUCCUGACGACAGAGAGGCCUUCAGUCAGACACUGGGUCCUGACGACAGAGGGGCCUUCAGUCAGACACUGGGUCCUGACGACAGAGAGGCCUUCAGUCAGACACUGGGUCCUGACGACAGAGAGGCCUUCAGUCAGACACUGGGUCCUGACGACAGAGGGGCCUUCAGUCAGACACUGGGUCCUGACGACAGAGGGGCCUUCAGUCAGACACUGGGGAUGAACAUUAAAGUAGUGGAGGAGGAGGAGCUGGAGGACUUGAGUCAAAUUGUUGGGAUGACGGUUAAAGAAGAAGAGGAAGAGGUGGAGCUGGAGGACUUGAGUCAAACUGUUGGGGUGACGGUUAAAGAAGAAGAGGAUGAGGAAGUCAGCAGAUUCAUUCAGUCCCCAGUAGAAGAAGUGAACUGGGAGGCUGUUGAACUUGGAGAGAGUCCUAACCACUGCUCAGACCGUGAUGAGAGACCUCCCCAGCAGGAGAAUCACACAGCUAAACACCAUCAUCACCACACAGAGAACACAAGCCACACUCCUGCUCCGACUCUAUUUGAAGGACCUGAUCAAAGCCAUUGAUUAGGAAAUAAUUAGGUUCAUGAUAUAAUUUAGUUACUGUACCCUAUUACAGAUAUCGAUGUUUAAUUAAUUGCCUUUGAUUUAAUAAAUCAUGGUUGCAACAA